ACAUCUUCGUGUUUGUGUGACGGAGCAAUUCGGCGUGAAUUCCUGUAUUGAUAUUACUAUUCGAGAUGGCCAAACUGAUGCAUAUAAUUCUAGCUCUAUGCCUUGUGCAGGUUUCAUUGGCUCGUGUCACCCGUGACGCUCCUGUGGCAGCGGAGGACAGCUCCUUUUUCAAGUCCCUUACUGACUUUGGCGCCAAGGUUCAGGAAGCGCUUGUUGAAACACAACAAAGUGUUCUAAAAGCGCUCGGUUUCCAAUCGAAUGAAGAAGUUGUCGAAACCAUAAAGAAAAACACCAACAAAUAUGUGGAACAACUUAAAUCUAUUCAAAGUACUAUCCAGGAAGAAGCACAAAAGCAAGCGAGUGUUUUCGACCCUAUUGUCAAGGAUUUGAAUGAUAAAAUCGCCGAAACAACGAAGAAGCUCAGUGAACAAAACCCAGAGCUGGUCCAGAAAGCUAAAGAGUAUCAGGAGACUGUUCAGGCCAAUAUUCAGUCUUUGGUUACCGAAGCACAGAAAGCUGGUGAUCGAUUGCGUGACGAAAGCCAAGGCGUAUCUGAACAGUUGAAAACUGCCAUCAAAAAGCUGUAUGAUGCUACCGUCCAAAUGCAACAGGAAACUUCCAACGAAUUGGUACCGAAAAAAGAUUAGUGAUCAGUAUAUUAGUUUCCAAUUAGUGUAAGCAUUGUAUUGUUAGAAAGGUGCAACAGAGAUCUAUCAAUAAAUGACUCGUCUCGUUCGUUUGUAGACAGAGUGAUAUUCAA